CAUUGCCGGCCAAAGCCUGCCAGCAGGUGUCGCCCUCCUGCUGCAUUACCGGCGACAUUCCCUAUGGCACAUGAUGCGGGCAAACUUAUAUUUUUGCCUGGUAAAUGGCCGUUUUGAUUUGUUUGUUAGACUUUAAUUUAAAAAAAUGACGGACUAGAAUACAUACAAAGAGUCCGAUUCUUAAAAAAAAAAAAUCAAUAGUAGAAUAUGUGUCGGGCCGCGAUGUGAAUGAACGGAAGGGGUGUCCUGAAUCCUGAAGCAGCUUCGCCCCUUCUGACUUUGCUCCAUACGAACCAUACAGGAGAACGAAUUGGACUGUCAAGUGGGGGAUUAUGGCGCUCACAGGGACUCUGCCAGCAAUGCCAGCUGCUUCCUUAAAACCGUAACUGGCUUAAAAACAGGACCAAGAGACAUUUCAGCUAUCAAGACUUUGUUUGACUGAACUUGGGAAGAGGCACUUGUCGGAGGUUGGCGUGUACUCAUCGGUUCCCCUCCAAUGGCGGAGGAGGAGGUGAUGGCCACGGAGUAUUUGCUGGAGCAAGUGAUGCUCAAGGACCUGAGCAAGAGGCUGCAGGUGGGCCAGGAGAUGGUGGAUUUUAUCCUGCAAGAGGACAAAUGUCCAGAGCUGGAGCAGGACCAGGGGACGCUGGACAGGAUGGUGGAGGUGCUGGCUAGCUCCUGGGUCAACUCCACUCACUUCAAGGUGGUGUUGUUGGGAAUGGAGCUUCUGUCUGCGCUAGUCAGCAGACUGCAGGAAAAAUUCAGGACGCAGGUUGGAACAGUUCUUCCCAGCUUAAUCGAUCGUCUGGGAGACGCCAAGGAUCAAGUGCGUGACCAGGACCAAGCACUUCUAUUGAAGAUCAUGGACCAGGCCGCCAACCCACAGUAUGUUUGGGAGCGCAUCACUGGAGGCUUCAAACAUAAGAACAACCGGACGCGAGAAGGACUCUGCCUUUGUCUCAACGCCACCUUAAAUAUGUUUGGAUCUCAGAGCCUGACGCUUAGCAAAAUAGUUCCUCACAUUUGUAACCUCCUUGGAGACCCCACAAGUCAGGUGCGUGACAGAGCCAUGAGCUGUCUGGUGGAGAUCUACCGCCAUGUCGGUGAGCGAGUGAGGAUUGACCUUGGAAAGAAGGGCCUACCUCAGUCUCGGUUGAAUGUCAUCUUUAGUAAAUUUGAUGAGGUCCAAAGGUCGGGGAACAUGGUCCUGUCACCAAUGUCAGAUAAAAAUUCUGAGGAUGAUGAGUCACUAGAUGGUGGCUGCUCUUCGUACUCAUCCAAAGCAGAAAUGUUGCCUGGGAGGAAGACUGUAGUGGGUACAUUUCGACGCCCCGUCUCUAGCAAUAAGUCAGCAGGGAGAGAUGGGUCUGCUGCUGGCGCGGUGGAUGAGGGUGACUUCAUGCAGGCCUUCGAGGAUGUUCCCACUAUGCAGAUUUACUCCAACAGGGAGGUGGAGGAAGCCAUGGCCAAGAUUCGAGAUGUCCUGUCAGAUGACAAGCGUGACUGGGAGCUCCGAGUUGCAGCGCUGAAGAAGGUGCGCUCGCUGCUGUUGGCUGGAGCAGCAGAGUUUGACGGUUUCCUGCAGCACCUGCGGCUCCUGGAGUCUGCAUUCAGACUGUCGGCCAAAGACCUGCGUUCUCAGGUGGUUCGGGAAGCCUGUAUCACUCUGGGACACCUGUCCUCAGUGCUCGGUACCCGCUUUGAUCAUGCCGCGGAGGCCAUCAUGCCGACCCUCUUGCACCUGGUCCCGAAUAGUGCCAAAGUCAUGGCCACCUCUGGUGUGGCUGCCAUUCGCCUCAUCCUAAGACACACACACUACCCUCGUUUGAUCCCUAUCAUCACCAGCAACUGCAUCUCUAAGUCUGUGGGCGUCAGAAGGCGAUGUUAUGAGUUUUUGGACCUGCAGCUGAAGGAGUGGCACACAAACUCACUGGAGAGGCAUGUGGCUGUUUUAAUGGAAACUAUAAAGAAAGGCAUUCAUGAUGCAGAUGCUGAAGUGCGGUCUGUGACCAGGAAGUGCUACUGGAACUUCCAUAUCCACUUCAGUCGGGAGGCGGAGCAGCUGUUCCAGUGCUUGGAGCCGUCCUAUCAAAAAGCUCUGCAGGCUCACCUGCGGAGUGGUGAUGCUUUGAUGUCACUGCCGCCAUCUGAUCAUUCCUCAUCCUCCUCACAGGAGAGCCUUCAUCGAACUUUGUCCCCAAGAAGCAACACUGGAAGAAGCAUUAGCAGAUGCAAAGCGGCCCUAGCCUCCAGACCCCCCACUGCCACCUCUCCAGGCUCCUUACAGCGUUCUUGCAGCGACGUGGAUGUCAAUGCGGCAGCAACCGCCCGCACCCGGAUGCCCACAGUGGCCUCGGCAGUGCAAGCUUCGACUUCGUCCUUUAGCUCCGCCUCGGCUCUCCCACCUGGAUCUUAUGCUUCACUUGGUCGAGUCCGAACUCAGAGGACGAACACAGGAAAGCGUCCAUCAGCGUCUGACAGUCGGGCUUGCAGCAAAGGGAAGGUCGUCUCACAGUCGCAACCCAGCAGCAGGUCUGGUUCCCCAGGCCGAAUGCUAGGCUCCACCCAUGGCAGGAUGGUCAGGUUGCCUGUGGGCAAUGCUAUCACUGCUGCCAACAGCAGUCUGAGCAACAGUAGGCGCCCACGAGGCCACCGCAGCCAGGGCUGUAGCCGAGAGACCAGCCCCACCAGAUCAGGCUCUGCACGGAGCCGAAUCCCUCGACUAAGCAUGAGUCAGGGCUGCAGCCGCGAAACCAGUCGCGAGAGCAGCCGUGACACCAGCCCUUCCAGGGGUUUUUCCCCCCUGGACCGGCUGUCUCACCAGGCUCAGAUCUCAGCCUCCGUCAAUGCCAUGAGAAUCCUCAACACAGGCACUGAGGUGGAGGCGGCUGUUGCUGAUGCUCUGCUCUUAGGAGACUCGAGGAGUAAGCAGCGGUCAGUGCGGCGGCACUUUGAGUCGCCGGGUAUGUUCUCUGAUGAUGACGCAAACAGUGAUGCCUCUAGUGCCUGCUCGGAACGCUCAUACAGCUCGCGCAAUGGUGGCGUGCGUCACAUUGAGGAUGUGGCUGAAGUUCUCAACCACUGCGCCAGCGCCAACUGGUCAGAGAGAAAGGAGGGCCUGCUUGGACUGCAGAAUGUGUUGAAGAGCCACAGAAUGCUCAGUCGCGUGGAGCUGAAGAGACUCUGUGAGAUCUUCACCAGGAUGUUUGCCGAUCCUCACAGCAAGGUCUUCAGCAUGUUCCUAGAGACGCUGGUGGACUUCAUUGUUGUGCACCGGGAAGACUUGCAUGACUGGCUUUUCAUCCUACUUACCCAGCUGCUGAAGAAAAUGGGUGCUGACCUCCUGGGCUCCGUCCAGGCCAAAGUUCAAAAGGCACUAGACGUCACCUGUGAAUCCUUCCCAUACGAGCAGCAGUUCAACAUUCUGAUGCGCUUCAUCGUGGAUCAGACGCAGACACCCAACCUGAAGGUGAAGGUGGCCAUCCUCCGCUACAUUGAGGCACUAGCCCGGCGGAUGGAUCCGGCUGACUUCGUCAACACCAGCGAGACACGCCUGGCUGUCUCACGCAUCAUCACGUGGACCACUGAACCCAAAAGCUCUGAUGUCCGGAAGCAUUUUUUUCACUCACCAAACUCCCAGACCCUUCAUAACUGGGAGGAUUUGUCGGUUCGAGCCGGCACCGUGUCCUCUCUGCCUGGAGAGGGCAAUCUGGAGGAGAGGUGCAAGCAGGCAGCCCAGGUGGUGCUCAUUGCCCUGUUUGAGCUCAACACACCAGAGUUCACCAUGCUACUUGGCGCUCUGCCCAAAACCUUCCAAGAUGGGACCACCAAGCUGUUGCAUAACCACCUGAGGAGUAGGAGUGGCAUAAGCAUGGCAUCUUCCAGUAGCUCGACGGGCCAAACAACUCCGCGCCAGCCUAGCAGCCGCAGCAGCCCGCUCACAUCUCCCACCACCUGCUCCCAUGGGGGGCUCUCUCCCAGCAUGCUGGAGUACGACAGUGAAAACCUGAACUCUGAGGAGAUCUACAGUUCGCUGCGUGGCGUCACUGAGGCAAUACAGAACUUCAGCUACCGCAGCCAAGAAGAGCCGAUGGAGCCACAUAAGCGAGAUGGAACACGGGACACCAUGUUUGGAGUUGGGGCUCCCUCACACGCUGACCUUAGGCUUUAUGGUGAUGUGGUGGAGGCCGGUCGAACAGCCCUGGACAAUAAGACUUCAUUACUGAACACACCUUUGCCACGCUCGUUCACUCUGCAGCGUUUCAGAGAAUACAACCCGCACAACUACGAUGUUAUGGAGCUACGGCAAAAUGCACGCCAGCAAGAAUGUGUUGAAAACAAGAUGCAGAACCCCAGAAAUGUCCCAGGAGUGACCGAGCACCUGGUGGGGGAGCUGCUGAAGGAGCUGUCCCAGGGAGGCAGUGAGGAGCGCCCCGCUGAGGAGCGCCGUACCACCCUUCUGGAGCUGCUCAAGUUGGCACGGGAGGACAGUCAAGUGGUUUGGGACGAGCACUUCAAGGCCAUGUUGUUGCUCCUCCUAGAGAUGCUGAGUGACAAAGAUUACAUGAUUCGAGCGCUGGCCUUGAGAAUCUUGAAGGAGAUCUUGAGAAACCAACCAUCCCGCUUCAAGAACUAUGCCGAGCUCACCAUCAUGAAGACACUGGAAGCUCAUAAAGACUCGCAGAAGGAAGUGGUGCGUGCUGCAGAGGAAGCUGCAUCCACACUGGCGGGCUCAAUCCACCCAGAGCAGUGCAUCAAGGUGCUUUGUCCCAUUGUUCAGACGGCAGACUACCCAAUCAACUUGGCCGCCAUCAAGAUGCAGACGAGGGCCAUCGAACGCACCACAAAAGAGCCGCUGCAUCAGCUGCUGCAUGACAUCAUUCCAGGCUUACUGCAGGGCUACGACGACACUGAAAGCAGCGUGAGGAAGGCCAGUGUCUUCUGCCUCGUAGCCAUCUAUGCUGUGAUUGGCGAGGAGCUCAAGCCCUACCUGUCUCAGCUCACCGGCAGCAAGAUGAAGCUGCUCAACCUGUACAUUAAGAGGGCCCAGGCAUCCACGAGCAAUAGCAGCAGUUCUUCCGACAUCUCUUCCUACUAACCUGCUUCUAACUUUUAAGACGUUCACUCUGUCAGCACCAUUUUGGCAUUCUUUCUGCCAUUUUCCACGUAAUGCUAUCUCACAGCAAAAAUCAGCAUCUUGAAAGCUAUGUCGUGAGCUUUUUCCAUGAUGUACGAUGAAAGCAGAAGAUGUGCCUAAACAAGUCCCCCUCCAGCCCACCCCUUCAAGUGGGACUCCUUGGAAAAUGUUCACCCUCUUGCAUCAAAUAGUGAAAGAAUGCUGUUCACCAACACACUUAUUUUAUUGAAGAGCUGUAUCACCAAUUGCUGCCCCCUGCUGAAAGCAUCUACUGACUUCCUGGAAGAUGAGAGGAAGGCGUGUCUUCUAAAAGCUGAUUUGUCUAUGCAGCAGAGGAUCACUUGGCUGGCCAGUGAUUUGAAGCUUAACAGAGUUUUGAGCCUAACAGUACAUCUUUGUUUAAAUGAAGUGAAACACAAUCAUUUGAAGACACUACAUUCCGUUCUGUUCCAUAGGACACUUCUUUUCCAGAAUCUUUAGUGAGAAAUCUAAAUACACAUUUAUAUCUUUUAAUUUCUCUAUCUUUAAUAGAACAUUAGGUGAUACACCUUCAAACGUGUUUGUGUAGGUCAUAAAUUCAGUUCUUGUAUUUCACUACUGACAAGUAGACGAUCUUCUGAAGCUCCAUCCUGAGCUCGGUCCUCAACAAAGCAGUCCAGUUACUGGGUUAAGACCACUGUCAAUGUUUUAUAUAUUAUACUAAACAUCACAUUUAUAUAUUACACGAAACAAGGUCGAUGUUGAAAACAUACGUUAGAUGCUUUUAAAUAAUGUUCUGUAAGGAAAUUUGUUAAGUUUGAGUUCUAACAAUACAAAGCAGACAAUCAGCAUCUGUAGUGGAAAAGCUCGCUGAUGGUGACAAUGACCUUGAACCAGCCUGUGAAAGUCAUUGUCCUCAUGACCGAUCACCUACUGCAUUUCCUCUCAAAGAUUGCGUUGGGCUGAAAAGAGACACGGGAAAUUUAAACUGUUUUAAAAUCUAAAUUUGGACUUAAUCAUUAAGUCCAAAUGCUACAACUUAAUGUUUAGAAAAAAAUAAUCACACGGCAAUCAUUUUGUACAAAUGUGCCUCAUAUAUGGCUCUGAGCUGCACAUCCUGUCAUCAAACCCUUUGAAGAGACUUUGUCAAAGUGGGGCUGUUAACGUUGAAUGUUCCACUUUCAGUGUCAUCUUGUACCCGUGCCUUUAGUUACACACACCUUUUCCGAUAGUAGACCAAAGCCUGUCUUGGAGCAAGCGGACUUGUGAGUGAAGAGAGGUUGUUAGUAUGUUGCCAAUAAAUCCCAUUGAAAGCACCUACAUGCAUGCACUCCUCCCGUUCCCCGCCACUAUAUUUAUAUUCAGCAGACUGACUGCAAGUAUUUAUGUCACAAUUGAGACUUAAAUAAACUAUCAGAAUUGUC